GUGAGGUUAUUAGCGGGCUGAGCUUGUCCUUGAGUGGCCUUUCGCUGACCACUGAGUGGGGUGAGCUUUAAGAGUGUUGUCAUUGGUCGUCCGCAGCUCAGUGCUCUUCAGCAUAGUGCACACAACCUACCCUUCAUUGUUGAUGGGCAAACACUACAGGGGAGGCAACUUGCACGGUUGAAACACACCCUCUGAGGAGGUCCCACAUAUAAUUGAGCAGUGAAAGCUGACAGACAUACAGAGGCUGUCUGGUGUAGAGCAAGAAGGAGGUGUAAGGCUUUCAAACUACAGUUGUGAGAUUCCUUUCUCUUUUUGAGGCUUCCUGUGUGAUACACAUCUAAAAUCUUUGGGACCGGCACACGAUUCAGAACUAGUCUGACCACCUCUGCUGCUCAGUUCCUUUUCAAACAAACUCUUUCAGAGAACAGUAUGGUUCUCCAAUCAGACUCGGUCCUCCAAUCUAUCCUACUAUUUCCAAUCCACCUCCUGAUAUGGCUGUACUCCAUCCUGUCCUUCCUCCCCUGGUACUACAUCACGGGUGCCGGGGAAAGAAAAGCUCUGUCCAACCGGAUAAAGGCCCGGUCCACUUCAGGCAAUGCUGAGGGACCGUACCGCUCUGUGGACCAUUUUGAUUCCCUGGCCAGGGAGGACUUCCCCGGUAAGGACACGUUGGAUAAGCUAUUUGAGUUCGCUGUGCAGCGUUUUGGACAACAACAUUGUCUCGGCACCAGAGAUGUACUGAGUGAAGAGAACGAGGUUCAACCCAGUGGUAAAGUAUUUAAAAAGCUGAUCCUGGGGGACUAUAGAUGGCUCUCCUACAAUGAAGUAGACGCUGCAGUUAGUGAGUUUGGCAGUGGACUGGCAGCUCUGGGGCAGCAGCCCAAAAGCAUGAUUGCUAUCUUCUGUGAAACCAGAGCAGAGUGGAUGAUUGCUGCUCAGGCAUGCUUCAAGCACAACUUCCCGUUGGUGACAUUCUAUGCUACACUGGGAGAGGACGCAAUUGCAUUCGGACUGAACGAAACUGGAGUUACCCAUCUGGUUACCAGUGUGGAACUGCUUGAGAAUAAAUUGAAAAAUGUGCUUCCACAGAUCCCCAAACUAAAGCAUGUGAUCUACGUGGACCAGAAAAAAGUGCACACAGAAGGCUACCCAGCAGGACUGUCCACCCACAGCAUGCAGGCCGUACGAGAGCUGGGCGCGCUGCCUGAGAAUAUGGAACGGCCCAUUGUGAAGCCCCAGCCCUCUGAUCUAGCUGUGGUGAUGUACACCAGUGGCUCCACGGGCAGACCCAAAGGCGUUAUGAUUGUCCACAGAAAUCUAAUUGCAGGAAUGACAGGCCAGUGUGAACGCAUCCCUGGACUCGGGCCUAAUGAUACUUACAUUGCCUAUCUGCCCCUGGCUCAUGUUCUGGAAAUGACAGCUGAAAUCUCCUGUGUCACAUAUGGCUGUCGGAUCGGCUACUCGUCCCCACAAACACUGUCAGACCAGUCCACCAAGAUAAAGAAAGGAAGUAAAGGAGACUCCUCUGUGCUCAGACCCACCCUUAUGGCAGCUGUGCCAGAAAUUAUGGAUCGCAUCAACAGGAAUGUUAUGAGUAAAGUGCAGGAAAUGAGCUUUAUUCAGAAGACGCUGUUUACACUGGGCUACAAAUAUAAACUGGAGCAGAUCAAGAGGGGCUAUGACGCACCACUCUGCAAUGCCCUGUUAUUCCGGAAAGUGAAGAAACUCCUGGGAGGACGGGUGAGGAUGAUGUUGUCUGGAGGAGCCCCCCUGUCCUCGGCCACUCAGAGAUUCAUGAAUGUAUGUUUCUGCUGUCCGGUGGGUCAGGGCUAUGGCCUCACUGAAACCUGUGGAGCUGGCACCAUCACAGAGGUUGUGGACAUCAGUACCGGUCGUGUAGGGGCUCCUCUUAUUUGCUGUGAGGUCAGACUCAGAGACUGGGCUGAAGGUGGCUACACCAGCCAAGACAAGCCAAACCCAAGAGGGGAGAUCCUAAUUGGCGGCCCCAAUGUAACCAUGGGUUACUACAGGCAUGAAAGCAACAUUCAGGACUUUUUUGUGGAUGAAAACGAUCAGAGAUGGUUCUGCACCGGAGAUGUAGGAGAGAUUUACGCCGAUGGCUGUCUACAGAUAGUGGACCGCAAGAAAGACUUAGUCAAGCUGCAGGCCGGGGAGUAUGUGUCUCUUGGUAAAGUGGAGUCUGCUCUGAAAAACUGCUCUCUCAUAGACAACAUUUGUGCUUACGCAAACAGUGACCAGAACUACGUGAUCAGCUUUGUGGUUCCCAACCAGAAAAGGAUGACAGCACUGGCCAAACAGAGAGGCAUAGAGGGGGCGUGGGAGGAGAUCUGCACCCACCCCGACAUGGAAAGAGAGGUUCUGAAGGAGAUCAAGGAGGUUGCUGCUAACAUUAAACUCCAGCGGUUUGAGAUUCCAGUGAAGGUACAUUUGAGUCCAGAGCCGUGGACCCCUGAGACAGGUCUUGUCACAGAUGCGUUCAAGCUGAAGAGGAAAGAGCUGAAGAACCACUAUCUCCACCAUAUAGAGAGAAUGUAUGGGGGCAAAUAACUUGGCAAAAUUUCACCCAAAAGUCUCUCCAUUGUCACCACUGUCUUGAUCUGUAAAUAAUCUCCUUGGUACCCAGUUGGAUUUUUAUGCUGUUUGUGUACCACAGGCGUCCAAAUGAAAAUGUCUUGAAGAGAAAGGUUGACGCUGUAGAUAGCUGUAGCUGUUUAUCCAUGUGUGCUGCUUUCUAUUUUGUGUAUAGAGGUUUUGAUUGUCAAAGAAAUGCACUCCAGUGGCAACUCUUAUUCUAUAAAAAGGGUCUGAUGCCAUUAUAGCACUCAACUGCCAUCCACUUAAAUCUCCUGGCACUUAGUUUGUGAAAGAAAGUACCACUGUCCUCCAUAUGUUGCCAAUGGUUGAUGUUACUUCCAUUGAAAAUAUUAACAACCGUAUUCAUCACGGAGGCUUGUAUUGCUAUUUUGUAAAGUUGGAGUACUGAUGUUACUGUGCCUUCAGUCUGCAGUACUUGUGUAGUCAAGCAGAAGUGGCAUCUAGAUAGAUAGUUUACGAUUUUGUUACAGAAGUGGUUAAAACUGCCAUGUUAAUGUUUACUUGAAGAAAAGUGUCCCCACCCAGACAUACCCUGACAUUGAUCGUUUACAGACGGGUGAAAAACUUAAGGAAAAACCCAUAAAAGGUGUUGUAGUAAGGUGUCGGGCUGCUAGAAAAGCAUCAAUUUGUCUUGGUUUUAAUUUGAAGAGUCUCUGGAACUCUAUUGGGGGGUGAAUCCCGUUCUCUGAAAGAUAUUCACUUAAUUUGGUGUUUUCAUGAUGGUGAUGGGGAGUGCUGUUUAACACAUUGGUACAAAAUCUUCUUUAGGAUGUCAGUUGGGUUGAGGCAGCGCCGUUCUGCAGCCACCUCUAAAUUACGUAGAACCUCACAUUCCCACUGUCAUACCGGUCCUUUUUCACUGUGAAGGACACCCCUUCUCUCCUUCUCUUGCCAGAGUCCUCUGCUCCCUCAGAUAGGCAGAAAAAUUAGCCUCUCAGUUGAAUAUAGCUCUUUAGGAUUUAACCAAGUUUGAGUGCAGUUCCUAAUAUCUUUGGAAACUGAUGCAGCACAUAGAUCAUCCAGUUUUACUUUUCCAACAUCUGUGCAAUGUCAGACAGGAUGCUAGUUCAGCUGGUGCCCAUCUUCUCCAUAUUUUCCUCGAUGUAUGUUUACAUUUAAAAACGGUGACCCUUUGUGGUGAGCCUUCCCACUAAAAAGACAAGUGGUCCCAAACCAUGCCAGCAAAAUGCCUCCCACAGCAUAACAAAGCCACCAGAUCCCCUCACUAUGGGGGUCAAUUUCUCAGGCCUGUACAGUUCUCUCGGUGCACCCACCCACUUGUUGAAAAUAUGGUGAAGGAUGACUCAUCUGACCAUUUUACUUUUUUGACCAGUGCCUAUGGUUUUAGCACCACUGACCUCUCAAAAGUGCAUUCAACUUUGUGACGAGUUGUUGAGUUGGUUGAUGAAUCACGUCCUGAUCACGUCCUGAUCUGACAUUCCGUCAACUGAGGAGGAGUCGAUCUCCUGUUUUUCCUCACAGAUCACACUAACAUACGAGCAAAACGGUUAUCAAGUGUGCGCUGUCGUAGACAAUCCCCCCCCCACAUUUACUGAUGUCCCAUAAAUCUAAAUACAGAUGUGGCUUCAGUGACUGUUCCUAUAGAAACACCAGCCUGUUGAGCAGUCUUUGUGGUUGAAACCCCUGCCAUCCCUAACAGUGAUCUUUCCUGUAAAGUCACGAAGAUCUUUUCCCAUCAUGAUUGGAUGCUAAUUGCUAAAUUAUACCAUGCACUGGACCUGUUAUAGAAUUCAUGUUUCUAAACUCACAUAUUCACGUUUUUCCUUUAAUUGUCACCCGUCUGUAGAAUUAAGCUUACCCAUGAUCAUGUCUGCUUAUACACCUUUUUUUUUAUUUUGACUGAUGUUAUUUAUGCUGCUUGUUAAUUUAUACAGACAGUAAGACCAAAAUAUGUAAACAUAAAUGACUCAGGAAGAUAAGCAAAUGUUUUAAUAUAUGAAAUUGUCAAAAAAUGGGCUGCUUGUGAAGAAGGAAACAAAUUCUUGUGGGCACCUUAUUUAUUUAAGAGUAACCGUGCUUAAUUAUUAACUGCUUAAAUGCUUUAGCUAGUCAGAACGGGCAAACUGUAAUACUGUGCGUAUUUUACCUCAGUUAACAGGUUGAUGUACAAUUUGAUUAUCAUACGGUCAUUUGAAGUGGAGUCAUUUUAAUAUUAAAGGAGUGUUUUCUAUGUAUUUUUCAAAGUGUUGUCGUGUUAAUGGAUUUUCAUCAUUAAAACCUUAAGGACGCAGACAUCGACAGUCACUUUACAGUUGGUUGUUUGGUGAUCGUAUUUGUAUUUAUUACUCCAUCAUUAUGAUCACAUGCCUUGUUCAAUACUUCAAGAAUAAAAUCUUUUUAGUAUUAA